AUGCAAGGCUUAUAGACCAUCUACAAGUUUACUUAUCCAAAGAAAUAACCUCUCCCGGAAGUACACUUUAUUUGUAAAAGAGAAGAUGAAAAUUGUUUUUUUUAUCAACUUGAAGCAUCAAACUAUAUUUCCCUUGAUGUACUCCUAAAAGCUUAUUUAACUCAAAUUAUACGAUUGAGUAUUGGCUAAUGUUUAAUAUUGAUAAAAUUAAUUUAUGAAAAGGUUAUUGAAGUUUAUAGAAAGGAAGGAAAAACAUUACCUAAAAUAACAUUGGAAAACAUAUGGAUUUAUACUGAUAAUGGAUUUAGUGGAGAAAUUAGACCAUAAAAAUCAAUGAAGAUUAUAUUUUUGAAUUAUUAAGAUGAAAAUGUAAGUAUAGAAGAAAAUUUGAAUCAACUUUAAUUUAUCAAUCGUAAAAUAAAAACAAUUUGUGCUAAGACUGAAUUUAAAAUAAGGGCGAUUGAUGGUAAAAAUAGCCAUCUAAUAUAAUAAAUAACUAAUGUUAUUGAUGAUAUGUUUUAUGACAUAGAAAUGUGUUUGUACUAAAGUCCAAAAGAAAUUAAAGAUAGAAUCAAAAAAUACGUAAAUGAAGACACUUAGGAAACUGAUUAUGAAUAUUUGCAAGUUGAUGAAGUUUCAUAUAUUCAAAAGAAUUUUGAGAAUGUAAUUAAAAAAUUAAAUGAAAUAUUCAAAGUGGAUUGCUAAAAUGAAUUGCAAUUACAUAGAAAAUUGUUAACUUGGUAAUAAACAUUAUUUGAUGAAUUUAUUGAAACAACUUGGGAUAGAUAAGGUUAUGAAAUAAUAAUGAGGAUUUUAGAUAAUUUUGAAGAUAAGAUUAAAAAUGACGAAAAUAUGACAACUGAAAUUUUUCAUAAAUUCUUUAGAAAGUUAGAAGAAUAAGGAUUUUUGAAUUUUAAUUCAAAAAAAUUACUUACAUCCUCAGAAAUAAAAUUUAAUCGUGAAUUAACUUUAUCAUUGCAAAACGAAAAGAGUAAUCGGGAGAAAUAAGAAAAGGAUAAGGAUGUUUUAGUAGGGGGUAUUGAAUAGAUGUUUGCAGAACGAGUGUUGGAGGAGAAAGAAGACGCUAAUGAUUUUGCACAGUUUAAAUUAAAAAAACCCAUAAGGGAUAAAAAUUUAAUAAUAUUGAAAGAUUUUUAUAAAUAAAAUGCUCAAAAUAGAUAUAAGUUGUUUGAUAGGUUUUAUUACACUAUUAAUUUUGAAGAAAAAUGGACAAAUUAUAUAAAAGUUGAAGUUUUACCAAGAGAAAAAAAAACAAUUCAAGUCGAUGACGAAUAGUUAGAUAAAACCUUAACUCCCUUAUUUGAGAAACUAUUAAGAGAGAAUAAAAUUGGCAGAAAUAACCAAGAAGAAAAACCGAAGUAUAUUUGA